AUGACCACGCAACCAGAGAGCCCCUCGCUCACCUACUUUGAAAAGCAGCGAGACUUGUUGAUCCAGGAGAUCAGCAACAGCAUGGAGUCUGUCCUAAACAACGUAAACGCGUUGAACCGGUCGUUAGAAGGUGGUGUGGCCGUGGGAAAGGAGUUUGAUAGUGUUUCACAGUUGUGGGGCACCUUUUACGACGGAAUGGCCCAGGCGGAAAACUUGAAGCGGAAGCACGAAACGCCGCCACCUUUGAGUGCGGAAUCUGCCGAAGAGGAACCCGAAUCUAGAAAUUAG